UUAACUAUAUUAUGGUAAUUUAUUUGACAAUUUAGGUAACUGUUAUGCGAAGUUUUAAUAUUUUCAAAAAUACUUAAAUCUAGAAUAUACAAUCGGCAACAUCGAAACGUCUAAUGCAGAAAUAUUAAUUUUAACAAAAAUAUCUCUAAUAUUUCUUUAAAAAAAUGAGUGCAAAAGGUUGUCAUCAUUUGCAAGCUUUUAAAAAAAAUCAUAAAAAUUUAGAAUCUUUAAAAUGGAUACAUGCUGUUUUUGUAGUAGGAAAUACAUUAAAAACAAAGAUUUGUAACUCAUAUUGCCGUACAUGUAAAAAGAGAGGACCAUUUCUGCAUGCUUGUCUAGAAUGUGUAUUUUUGGGAUGUCACAAACACAUUAGAGAACAUAUGAAAAACCAAAAACAUGUUAUUUCCAUGGACCUUAAUUAUGGACAGAUUCAUUGCAAUUUAUGUUAUGACUAUGUUUAUGAUGCUGAAAUAGAUGAAAUUACUAUGGAAAGCAAAAUGCAAUCUGGAAAGUUUAAGAAACGAUUAUUUGAAUGGACUUCCUGGGAUGCCACAGAAGAGGAACGAGACUUAUUGACACAUAGAACAAAAAAAAUAUGCAUCACUCCCGAAUCAACAAUAGGAUUAAGAGGUUUAUUAAAUUUAGGAGCCACCUGCUUUAUGAAUUGUAUAGUUCAAGCUUUAAUGCAUACUCCUCUGUUAAGGGAUUACUUCUUAACUGAAAAACAUAUUUGUAAUGGAGUCCCAGGCACAUGCCUAGUGUGUGAAGUUUCUAAAUUAUUUCAAGAAUUUUAUAAUGGAGACAGGGUACCUUUAGCCUUGCACGAGUUAUUACACUUGAUAUGGACUCAUGCGAGGCAUUUAGCAGGAUACGAACAACAAGAUGCCCAUGAAUUUUUUAUAGCAAUGCUUGAUGUGUUACACAGGCAUUGUUCAGAUACCAUGCCAAAAAAUUCCAUUAUCCCAGAAAAGAAGGAUAAAUGUCCUUGUAUUAUUGACCAGAUAUUUACAGGGUCUCUUCAGAGUGAUGUAGUGUGCCAAAAAUGCAAAGGCGUUUCAACAACUUUCGAUCCAAUUCUGGAUUUUUCGUUAGACUUAGGGCCUGUUCCUUUAUGCGGAAGACAACCUUCUUCUCUAAAUGAUUGUCUCGAGAGAUUUACUAGGGCAGAACACUUAGAUUCUAACGAAAAAAUUUUGUGUUCUAAUUGUGGAUCCCAUCAGGAAUCUACCAAGCAAAUAACCAUGAAAACAUUGCCAGUUGUUGUUAGUUUCCACUUAAAAAGGUUUCAACAUUCAAAAAAAAUGGAGAAAAAAAUAUCAACGGUAAUAUCGUUUCCGGAAAUGCUAGAUAUGACACCUUUUAUGAGUCGAAGCAAAAAUGAAUCUCCUAUUCCAUCAGACAAUAGGUACUCUUUAUUUGCCGUCAUUAACCACAUAGGGAAUUCUAUUAACGUAGGACAUUAUACAGCGUUUGUACGACAGCAACAUAAUUCUUGGUAUAAAUGUGACGAUCAUGUAAUAACUAGGGCAAACCUUAAAGAAGUUCUAGAUUCUGAAGGGUAUCUUUUAUUUUAUCACAAACACGUUCUUGGAUACGAGUGAUUAUUAUUUGAAGUCACCUGAUUUAUGUACAAUUUUUUCCUUAUUUUAUAUCAUUAUGACAUUUUUAAUAUAUAGAAGUUUUAUGAAA